AUGGCUGUUGGGGGCUCUUCUAGUUCUGCUACACCGGUGGCCACUACGGUGACGAGCAAUAGUGAUGGCAACUGCUUGGUUGAGAAUAUUUCCGCUUCCUCAACCAUGACAUUACGGGAGGACCUCGGACAGGAAAAACCAGGGGCAGGUUCGGAGCAGUCAUCUGGUUUAGCCAAUAAAGAUCCUCAGAUUUGCCUAACCGGCCGAGCUACUCUUAACCCUGCUACUAUCGCUAUCGAUCCGACGAGUUUUACUAUGAUUUCAGCCACUCCGUCUUCGAGCUCCAUGACAUCGGAAUCAGGAUCCGUGCCUUUGCCUUCUUCCGUUGGUGGCAUCAAGAGUGGUGGAGGAGGCACACGCUUCGACGUGGUCACAAUUGAGGCUGCAGCACAGCAUCGUGAACUCUCGAAUUUGAGUCCUCAAACGCCUAAUUGCGGUUCCGGGUCACAAAAGUCAGUUUUGUGUUCCUCAUCCCAUAUUACUUCACAAAUUUAA